GUGAAGAUACUAGCUGAUACUGUAUUUUACCCUGAUAUCAUCUUACUGAUCUAGAAGCAUGAUUCAGCAGAGAGGGAGGGAUCGAAAAGACGGAGCAGUUGGAAAUAAAAAAUUGGAAAGAAAGUGGGGAGAGAGAGGGAGAGAUGAGAAGGCAAAUAGUCGGCAAGAAGCUGGGUUUUGGAACUUGAAGCAAUGGAAACCACCACCUUGGUCUCCCUUUUCAAUCUCUAUUUAACACCUGAUAUCCUCGGCUUUCUUUGGCUUGUGAAAUCAUUUGAUUUCUUCAAGUCCAAACCCAGCCCGUUUCAGAGAUCUCUCAGGUCUACCCGCUCAACAUGAAGAUUUUCAGCUGGAUGCAGAGCAGGCUUAAUGGGAAACAACACACCAGAAGGCCAAACUCAGUAUUCACUAGUAAUCACAUGCUGCAAGAAACUCGGAAAGAAGAGUUCAGUGACUGGCCUCAAGGUCUGCUUGCAAUUGGCACAUUUGGAAAUAAUACCCUGAAAGAAGAUUCGGAAAGAUGCAAUCUCCAGGAGUGCCGGAGUUGCUUACAGGAUCAGCUGCAAGACAUCUCUCCGGAGGAAGUUGGAGAACUUCAGAAAGAGUUCACAUUGUUAUUGCAUAAGCACGUUUGUGCUGAACCGAGUUUAGCAGAAGGAUUAGGAACUCAAAAUGUUCAGUUGGACGAUUUGAAGUUCCUAUCAAGUCUGGAAGAUGAUACAACUAAUGGAGAUACAGCUGGCUGUGAUUCAGCCUUUAAAAGUGGUAAGCUCCAGUGCAGUGCCAGUGUAUUUUUCAGUAGAGGGAAAGAUAUUCAAGCGGAUCACACUAGGAAAGUCAUUGGAAAAAAAUCGUUGUCUUUUCUUCUUAAGAAGAUGUUUCUCUGCCGAAGAGGGGUUGCUCCCACUCCCAGGUUAAGGGAUCCUAUUCCAGACAAGGCCAUGGUAGAGAAGAUUUUGAUGGCUAUACUGCACAAGAAAAUAUACCCGCAGAAUUCUAACCCAAAGGCUGCAGCAAAGAAAUACUUGGAGACCACUCAAAUGCACGAUUCUGACAGUGAAGACGAGAUUCCUAAUGUAGCAAAUGAUGGCAGUAAAUGGGUCAAAACAGAUUCUGAAUGUAAGCCCCUUUUCAUGUUAAUAUUGCUUAAUCAUGCAUCUCUAAUAUAUAACAAAUGCAAGAAUCAUGAAACCCUUAGCUUAGAUACCUCUGACUGUUCGGUUGGGAUCUGAGGAGAUUCUGCAGUUUCUAAUUGAAUGAAUUUGAUGUUUCUGCUUGCAGUUAUUGUUCUAGAGAUAUAAUUUUUCCUUUUCUUUAGACAAUUAUCAGAAGAUGUAAUGGUAAGAAUGCACGCACUUGUUCAAUAAAUUUCAACUCUUUUUCCCCCUGGUAAAAGAAUCCUACUUUCAUGGUCUAAAUUAUCAUGUCCUGCUUCUGCAGGGAUGUCUAUGGUUCAUCGCCUGCUCUGAUGGUAUGCACCGAAGCUGACACGUACAAGAAACUUAAGAAAACAAUAAUCGAAAAAGAUAAAAGUUUGUGCAUGCCUAAAUUCACCAGUUGCCGCCUCAAAUAUAUCAAAAUUGAAGCAGCAGAAAAGGGAUUUUGUCAUAGAAGAAGCAGGUUUUUAUCCCACUUUGCAUUGAACUGCAUAUCGAUGGGUACAGGAAGGAGUCAAAGAAGAUAUUCCUGUUUGUUGAUGUGAAUAUUUUUUUUUUCCUGUGGCAUCACACUUUGACGAUCAUAUUUGGUGGUGUGACAGGGUAGUCGUAAUUGAUUAUCGAUGUUUGCUAAGGAGGAAGGAUCACUUCCCUUAGUUUCAGAUGAUGAAUUUCUUGUGGAAGGUUUUAAUUUUCCUGCAACCCAAACAUGGAGUUCUUCUUCUUUUUCUACUUCUUCUUCUUCUCCCCAUAUAUCCGGGAUGCUUCAAAUAUUGUGAUUGCUUGAGAAUAUUACAGAUUUUGCUCAACAUGAAAUGAA